CUUCCCUCCUCUCGCCAUCACAGCUUAUAUAUACAUCAUCAGCCUUUGAAGUUGUCUCUGCACUUUACUGCUUUCCCUCAGAGAGAUAUAACACUACAUCAUAUAUUUAAACAGAGACAAUUUAUUAUUUAAUUUUUAUUAUGUAUCUUUUUCUGGGGUCGCCGGAAAAUCAAGAUUCCGGUACCCUGAAGUAUUUAAAGAAAGCACAUAGUACUAUUGUAUAUACAUAACACUUUCUUUUCACAAUUACCGGAAAGUAAUUAAAGUAUCUGUAAUUAGAUAUAGAGGUGACGUUAAAAUGGCAAAAGGUCGAAAACUGACCACCAGUAUGAGUGAAAGGUACUUAGGAAGCUAUAGUUACAAUCAUGGAAAUGAAACAGUCAACGAAACCUCGGAGUUGGGAGAAGAUGAUGUCUGGUCAACGGUUGAUGACAUGGUCAACGGCGAUGAUCAUUUGCUGAAUGGCUCAAGGAGCGACUGGAGUUCACGUGCCACCGCCGAGAGUAACAGAAGCUUGAGGAGCCGCCGCCAAACUGGAGGCUUGUCGUUGGCUUUUGACGAUCCAGGUACAACGACACAGCCUCGGAUCUUGCACCAGUUUCGUGGACAAGACAACAUGACAGUGCAAUCCCCACGUGAGCGCCACAUGGCAUCCUCAGCUCCAGUGAAUGUCCCUGAUUGGUCCAUGAUAUGUCGGGUCGACUCGGUCGAGUCAUUCCACGACUCGGACGAUGGUGUCGAUGAUCAUGAGUUGGAGAUGGUUCCGCCACAUGAAUACUUGGCUCGUGGGUACGGUCGGUCCCGAAGAUCAUCUACUAACUCGGUAUUUGAAGGCGUGGGCCGGACGCUGAAGGGUCGAGACAUGAGCAGAGUCAGAGAUGCAGUGUGGAGUCAGACCGGGUUCAAUGGCUAAGCCAAAUGUUUAAUUAGCUAUCUGUUCAAAUUGAACAAUUCAGUAAUUAUUGGCAGGGUGAGGGAAAUGUUGAUACAGUCAUUUAAUUUGCUAGUGUAAAUUUUUUGUUCUUGGGCAAUGAUUCAGGCCGAAUGAAUAUAGAUAGGCUCAGUGAGUCAACCAGGCUAUGACUGAGCCCAAGUAUAAUUCUGUGUUUCCCAUUUUUACUGCUUUUCCCUCUUUUAUGAUCUGUUAAUUGAA